UGUCCUCUCUGGCGAACACGAGGAGAGUAAGAUCAAACGUUCUCUUCGUCUGCCACGUUCCCCAGUUACAAGUCGUGGUUUCCUCGGAUUCUUCCCCAGCCCAAACGGAUAUGGAGUGGAUGAAGCACAAGAACAGAGACCCUUUCAUGUGUCAACUGGCUAUGACAGUUCAGAAUCAAGUGUCAACCCGCGCGUGGUAAAUAAUCAUCAGCAGUACCUACAGGAAGGACAGUGGAAUAUACAUACACCCCAAAAUACACAUGCCAGUGCGUUUACAGAAGCACUGUACCCACUACACCAGAGAAACUUGUUACAAAUUCGUAACGGGAGAGAAAACAUCCUCCCUCAGACCACACUUGGAGGAAGGGAAUCGUUUGGAAAUGGAGAAUAUGCUCAUUCAGCUUUAGGCAGCGAAUAUAUUAAAAACAAAUUCCCCGCAAAUCUUAGGAACUACAUUUCCCAGGCAAAUGUUUCCCAGAAAAAGACACUGCAGAAUAAGAAGAGGGAUUUGUCACGACAACAUGUCACUCUCGGGGAGAAUGUGGAGCCUGGAACAUCACAGAAGCCUACAUUGUACAGAUCUUCUGCAUUGGAGGAGUUCAACAGAAAUGACCGUCCUAUUUUGGAAAACGCUAUCACGAGAAUGGUUAUGGGAGGAGAAGGACAAUGGGAUAGAAUUGUCACAGAUCAUUUCUCUAAGCUGUUCCAGCCAGUAUCACAAAACGAGGCAGUGAGCCUCUCUUCACAUCACAGCGUUCCACUAGCUGUGUCUGAACAAGUAGCGUCCAUCCUACCGAUAGACGACAAGCCGUCUGAAUACGACCACACGACAGUAUCUGAACCACAUGUUGAAGAUGUGGGUGGUUCUAUAGAUGAGGGAGCCCUUGUUCUCGAGACCAGCGACCAACAGAGAUUUUGGUUGGAGGGAGAAGGUAGUCUACUGCAUGAUAACAUCUUCAGCAGAUCUGAUUACCAGAGUGGACUGAAUCCAGUUAUGGAACCCCAUGUGGGGAUCAGGAUCUUUAAGAGAUCAGUGGGCACUGAACGAUUAAGGAAAGGUGGUGUUGCUCACUUGGUUAAAAUGAUGCAAGAAGGAGCUGACAGUCAUACCUCAGCAGCACUGUCCAAGAGGUCUCCUCUGUCUACUGGGUAUGUUGCUGGCAUCACUGCUGACGUGGAUCACCACCAGCACCACGAGCACAUGGCCGUGGCAGCGACUGGUGCUGCUCAUCACCACGACGCUAUUCCUCCGGCUGUCAUCCUAUCGUCAGGACACCACCACAGCGGCGACACAGCCCACCACCUGGUAUCGAAGUCUGAAACCACAGUAGGGGGUAGCGCCGGUGGCGCCAGCAGCGGUCGCGGUCCGAACCAGGAGGACUCUGGGCCUGGUGCUUUGGUGGUGCUGCAUCCACCACAGCCGCUGGUCGCAGCGCACGCUGAUGACGACACCAUACACGUCAUCGCCGCAGUGCCGUUCGCCGUCGCCCACCACCACGAACUGCACCACGAGGCAGACCACGUGCUGUCGAAGAGCACCACGCUGACCCUAGCCCAACACGACAGUGACCCACACGUGCUGGCCAAGACGACGACGGUCACCACGGUGACGCAGCACGACAACGCGCCACUGCUCGUGGUGCACGCACCAGACGCUCCCGUGGUGCUGCUUCACCACCCAGCUGCAUCCCAGUCCUCCACGUCGACCACGACUGUGCACAAGCCGCCAGUCACACACAACCUGCUCCGCGUGCCCCUCGGUGGCUUCGGAGUCGGGGUCACAUUCGGCGGCGCCGGGGCGGGACACGGCUUCUAUGCAGCAGGGUGACACACUCGCUGCCUCUGACUCCAUAAAAAGUGUUCGAGAUUACGAUUUAAUCUGUUUAUGUAGAACAUCCAUCCAAUAAACAGCAGAUUCUCUGGGGUGAUAUGUAACCAGACAUUAAUUUGUUUAGGAAAUUCGCACGAAAACUAUUUUGAGAUUAGUCUUAUCAAUGUUUUUCACGUCUGUUGUUGUUGUGGUCUUCAGUCCUGAGACUGGUUUGAUGCAGCUCUCCAUUCUACUCUAUCCUGUGCAAGCUUCUUCAUCUCCCAGUACCUACUGCAGCCUACAUCCUUCUGAAUCUGCUUA